CACUUUGGUAAAUAAAAGUACCAAUUUCUUUCCAUAAGAGCAAAAUCUGUACAUUAUUUCAAACUUUUGGCCGCCAGAGUAAGUGUAUACUGUAUGUUGUUCCGGAAAUGAAAGCCUACGGAUACACAUACAAAAAAUAUUUGAUAAUGAAUGCUUGCCAAAUAAGAGCGAUCUCUAACGAUUUGAGCACAGGUGCAUUCGAUAAGGCAGAAAAUCAGAUCCAGAUCGGGUUUCGUGAUAAUAACAUGGGAAAUUGCGCUAUAAAAGUAACUUAACUUACACUUACACCAGCACAUACUGUAUAAUCCACAUUAAGUAGAACUGAAACUGGAGCUGGCAGGUCCAAAGAUGCGAAACUAAUGCAGAACUAUACCUUAUCUCCAGAAGUUGUUGGCUCGUUAUUCAUUUGACAUUUGGUUUCUCCUACCCGCGCUCUCUGGAGCUGGCAUUUUUACAAUGAUAUCAUUAGCACAGUUAGGUUAAAGAAUAUAAAGCAUUGAACUCAAACAGUCAACGCUUGUUGUAGCUAGAGAAUUAUGCCUAAAAAUGCUCCGAUGGGCGCUUUUCAUUAACUAGCGCUUGUAAGGGACCGUCUGAAAACACCACUCACAGCACAAAAACGUCGGAGGUGUCUAAGUAUUCAUUAAUUAAUUAAUCCAAUUAAAGUGUAAGUUGUACAUACAAUCUUUAGGGUGUGUAAAUAUUUUUUUUUCUUUUAUAAUUGUUUAAGACAGAACAUGCAAGGCAGUUGCAUUGAACACUUGGACACCAGUGAUGUUUUAGCACAGUGUAUGGACUUUUCAGACUAUCUCUUGUGAUCCAUAAGCGGGAAAAAAAAUGCUUGUUAACAUGAUUUUAAAGUGAUAAAAUCGCUUUCUAACCUUUUCUGUGUAAAGUUAUAUCCAAUUUUACAACCUCAUUGCCAUGACCACUCAACGCCGUGAACACUAAAACGACAAUUUAAACAACUUUACAGCUCAAAUAAUACACACGUUUUAACAGAAUUAAUGUAAGUGCUUUUUUAUAAAAUUAUAAGCUUAACACUUCUGCCUUAAUACCCUCCAAAAAUCCACCGAUCUUUUAGAAGGUUUACAGUUUAUUAACAACAGAAGCAAAUAAUAACUGAGCAAAACUGAAGACAACCAGCACAGACUGCAGUGAGGUGAAGAUAAGCACCUUGAACCGGAGGAGAGGGGUGGUAUGGUGAGACUGUACCUCCUGGUAAGUGAAGCAACCGGGCGAGCAGCUAGCGCAGCGAAGGAACGUGAGCAAUACAAGGACAGGCAAUAAAUCCAAUCAACCGAAGCUGACAUUGUAGAAAACAGCACAGCAGAGAGACAAGACCGAGACAAAUGAAAUGGCAGAAGAGGUUGGAUGUGUUGGAUAAAUAUAAAAAAGACUAAACUGUGUACUGCACAUAGUUAUUGCUCAAUGGGGCAAUUUAACUGUUCAUGAGAUGGAUAGCCUGAGGGAAAAAACUGUUCCUGUGCCUGACGGUUCUGGUGCUCAGAGCUCUGAAGCGUCAGCCAGAAAGCAACAGUUCAAAAAGGUAAUCAAUGCAGGGUCUAAGUGACCCAUCCUUCUCCACAAAGAAGAACCCCGCCCCUGCCGGUGAAGAGGAAGGACGGAUGAUUCUGGCUGCCGGAGAACCAUUGAUAUACCUUUCCAUGGCCUCCCUCUCUGGAACCAAAAGUGAGUAAAGCCGGCCCCAUGGCAGAGAAGUACCCAGUAGAAGAUAGAUGGCGCAGUCGUAUGGGCGAUGAGGAGGAAGGACGCACGACCGAAUGAACAACGCUCUCGGGACAUGGUAAGUCACCAGUACCCUGGAUAAAUCCACCGGCUCAUCCUGCAAAACAGAACAAGACUCGACAGGGGAAACAGCAGAAAACAUACAGACAAAUAGAAUGGACUCCAGGCCAGCACGGAAUUAGUGGACCAGUCUAUGUUAGGGUUGUGGAUUACCAGCCAGGGGUGUCCAUGCAUGACUGGAGAGGACAGUGAUUUGUGGAGGAAGAAAGUGAUGAGUUCUGAAUGGUUCCCAGAAAUGAGGGUCAGUGGCUGGGUGGAGUGCGUGACCAGUAACAGUGGAGUUCCACAGAGGGUAUGGGCGGUGAUGGGCUCAUACAGGGGAAUGGUGGGAAUCUUCCACUUGGAGGCAAGCUCAACAUCCAGGAUGCUGCCCUCAGCUCUGGAGUCCACUAAGGCCGAGACAACUUGACUAGAAGAACCCCACUGAAGUUGUGCCGGGAGGAUAGUCCGUGAUCCAGGCGAUUUUCUCAAUGGAGAUGUGCUCGCCAGUAACCCCUGCACAGUAGAGACACAGACCCUGUUGAGGUGCCGUUGUUUCUCCUCAGGAGGGAGGUGUGUUCUCCCGAUCUGCAUGGGCUCUGCCUCCAACGAAUGCUCCGAUGAUCCGGCGGAGGGUGUGGGGAGUGCUGAGCGUGCCGUCAUCCGGGAAGCUGUUGCACCAUGGACGUCAACUCCACCAACUGAGCAGCCAUCAUCUCCAGGGCUUGAUUAGUGGAAGUAAUCUGUUUCUGUUGGAGCACAAGCAACGCUCCCUGUUGGGCGAGGGCUGCGUGAAGACCGGUAUCUUCCGCUGGGACCAUUUCUGGCCAAAUUGUUCUGUCACCGAUCGUUAAGACGGACCCAAGAUACAGAGGAUCAGUUCACAGUUUAUUAACAUAAGAAGCAAAUAAUAACUAAGCAAAACUGAUGAAGACAACCAGCACAGACUGCAGUGAGGUGAAGAUAAGUUGUUAUUCUUAUUAGGGCCCUAUUUUAAGAGCGCUAAGUGCAGAGCUAUGCAAUACAUCAUAUGCACAAAGUCAGUGGGCAUGGCCAUGACGAUUUUUUUAUUUACGGGCAAGAAUGCGCUAAGUCUACGUGCAAGUGGGUUUGGCAAAAUCGCGUUCACAAAGCGCUAAUGGGCUGGGUCAAGUGCAAUUUAAUUCAGUGGUUCUUCUCUGGUUAUUGCACCGUCUGUGUCCUAUCAUAAAGUCCAUUCCCUCAAGCACCAGUGAUAUAAACAAAGAAAACAAAUUCAUAAGAAGUUGGUGGUGUAAAUGGACUGUAUGCAAUGAAUUACAAGAAUAGAAAUAUGGACUUACGUUCUUUUGUGCAUUAACUGUGUCCUUGUUGCAUGUCAUGCAUAUUUCUAUGACAGUGAUGCACCUUUUUAUAUGUAUGGAAAAUGUGGUUUUCGUUAGGACUUGGAUGUACACUCUGUUAAAUUAUAGAGAAUGUAAGUAUUAUUAAUAACUGUGAUCUACUGACACACAAAUCAUGGAUAGUAUUAACAGAGAUUGUAUCUGCCUUCCAGGUUAGGCUGCACAUUUUUGUAUGCACUUCACUUCUACAGGUCGAUUUUGCUUGAAAAGUUAAAUUAAUUUAUUGAAACAUGAAAAAAAAACAAACAAAAAAAAAUCUAAAUUUAGAAUACACUUCAAACAAAACGAAAAUAUAAUCAAAAUAAUGAAGUGGUCAAAAAAUCCUAUAUAACUAUCUCCUGUAAAAUCCAAAAAUUUUACCCUCUCCAACUUCUUCCACGCCCUCUUUUGCAGUGAAUUAAAAAUCACUGUAAGACAACUGGUGAAAAAUACUAAUACAAAUUAUAUCAUAAAUACAAUUAAAAUAUAAACAUAAUAAUAAUAAUAAACAAAAUAAACCAUGAUCUACAGAUAGUUUAACACAAAUCUCAUAAAUGUUUGUUUAAUAAACCGGCUACCACUGUGAUUUUUCAGGGACAUUAUUUUAAGUGUCACAAUAUUUUCAGAGUUUGGACAUGAACUUUAUUACCAGCUGCUGGUGGAAUCUUCAAACUGCAAAUGCAGGAACUGUAGCGCACGGUCAUUGCAUGUAAUGCUGUGCUUAGUGCAGUCAUGAAAAUAGAGUUCUAUAGGUUAUUAAACUGGUUGUGCUUUUACCUCUGGUUCAGUCAUGGCUUCUUCCAGUGGUCUACUUUUUGAAGAACUCCAGUGCUCGAUUUGUCUGGAUGUGUUCACUGAUCCAGUCACCACUCCAUGUGGACACAACUUCUGCAAGACCUGCCUGAAAAAUUGCUGGGACAGCAGUCUGCAAUGCUUUUGCCCCGUUUGUAUAGAAAAAUUCACCAGAAGACCCAAUCUUAAGAUCAAUAUAACAUUUAGGGAGGUUGUGGAACAGUUUAAGAGAAGGAAAAAUCCUGCCAAACCUGGAGAAGUGCAAUGUGAUGCCUGUACAAAUAUAAAGCAAAAGGCUCAGAAAUCGUGUUUGGACUGCGGUGUGACUUACUGUGAGACUCACCUUGAGCCUCAUUACACAGUGGCAAAACUGAAGAAGCACAAACUGAUCAAGCCUGUGGAUAAUUUGGAGGACUAUAUGUGCCAGAAACACAAGAGACCUCUGGAGUGGUUCUGUAUAGAUGAUCGGAUGUGUGUGUGUCUGUUCUGCAGUUUGACAGACCAUAAGCCUCACAACACUGUUCCUAUUGAGGAGAGUAGUGAAGAGAGGAAGACUCAGGUAGAGAAGAAGCUGACAGAAGUACAUCAGAUGAUACAGGAUAGAAAGAAGAAAAUUCAAGAGAUUGAACAGUCAGUACAACUCAGAAAAGAGAAUACAGUUAAAGAGAAUACGUACUGCUUCACACUCCUUACUGGUCUGAUCCGCUCUAUUGAGAGGUGUCAGGCUGAGCUGUUUAAGGUGAUGGAGCAGAAGCAGAAAGCAGCAGAAAUGCAGGCUAAAGCACUCAUUAAAGAGCUGGAGCAGGAAAUCACUGAGUUAAAGAGGAGAGACACUGAGCUGGAGCUGCUCUCACACACUGAGGAUCACCUCCACAUCCUACAGUAUUACCGUUCUCUGUUCAGCCCUUUAAAUACCAAGAACUGGACUAAGAUCAACAUUAACACUCAUGUGAAUAUGGACACAUUGAUGAGAGCUGUGAUUCAGUUGAAGGAGACUAUAGAUGAGAAAUUAAGUGAAACAGUACUGAAGAGACUGCAGCAUUAUGCAGUGGAUGUGUCUUUUGAUCCUGAUACAGCUCAUCCUACUCUCAUCUUGUCUGAUGAUGGAAAACAGGCAAAACAAGGACGUGUCAAAGUCACCAAUAAGCUGAAUGUUCCAGAAAACCCAAAGAGAUUCACUAAUUACAUCAUAGUCCUUGGAAAGGAGGGCUUCUCUUCGGGCAGAUUUUAUUAUGAAGUACAGGUAGAGAAGAAAACUAACUGGGUUUUAGGAGUAGCCAGAGAAUCCAUUAACAGGAAGCAGAAAAUGACACUGAGUCCUGAGGAUGGAAAUUGGACUGUUGGCCUAAUGAAUGGGAAUGAGUAUCAGGCUUGUGAAUCUCCCUCUGUCUCUCUCUCUCUAAAAGUGAAGCCCCAGAAGGUGGGGGUGUUUGUGGAUUAUGUGGAGGGUCUGGUCUGCUUUUAUGAUGUGGAAUCUUUGUAUCAUAUCUACUCUUUCACCGGUCAGUCUUUUACUGAGAAACUCUAUCCAUUCUUCAGCCCAUGUAGUAAUGCUAAUGGUAGAAAUUCAACCCCACUGGUCAUUUUACCCAUUAAAAAUUCAGUUUGAAUGAAGAAUGAAAGCAUUUCUGCACCAUUUGUGCUUACGCCACAGGUUUGUUUAAGGUAAUUGUACUGUCACAAAAAAUACAUUUAAUGUCAGUUUUUAGUAUUAUACCAAUCAUCAGGAUAUUGUCAUCAUGGAUGCAAAACCAUGGUGAUAAAUCCAAUAUCAAUGCCAGUGCAUUCCCUAAAAGGACAGAUUUGAAAAAAGUAAUUCAAAAGGGCAGAUAGGGCUGACAUCAGUUGUCCAUUGAGGUGAGAUCACAAUUAGGACCUAAAUACUUAAUGGGAGGAUUCAGGGUAACCUGUUCACAGAAUAGACUGCAAAACCCUGCAACAUGUUUACUUUGAUUUUUAUUUUUUGUUAUUUUUUUUAUUGAUAGUCUUUUGGCAGUUUUUUUUUUUUUUUUUUUUUUUUUUUUUUUUGCUUUAAUGUUUUAUCUGAUCAGUAUUUGUAUUUUCUUCAGAUUGUUUUUUUUUUUAACAUUUUUUUAUUUUAUUUUUGUGAAUGGUUUUAAUGUGCUCAAUAAAUUUGGCUCUUAUGCUGUGUAAUGAAUUGAUCCAGGGCGAAAUGUCAAAUAUAUGCAAAUUCAGUUCCAAUAUGAAGAUUGUAAAGCAUUUUCACAUGAAAAUAAGUGGUAAGCUCUUACAAUAGCACCUGCCUCGAAUUUCAAAGAUCACUAUGAUGAUGCUGACAGAUUGUUGUGGCAGACCUCUGCCUUUCUAAGGAAGGAGGAAGCAGGGACCAGGUGAACAAUCCAAUGUAAGACUUUAAUGCAACACUUUUCAGUGUACAUCAAACAUAAACAUGCUUUUCAGCACAAUAA